CCAUGUUGCCACAACAAUAUUGCUUGCGAUGGAAAUAUCAUCACAGCAACUUACAGACGAUGUUCUCACAGCUGCUGGAUCGUGGCUGCUUCUGCGAUGUCACGUUGGCCUGCGAGGGACAGCUAAUUCGCGCUCAUCGCGUCGUGUUGUGCGCCUGCAGCAGCUUUUUUGACACAGUGCUGACCAAUUACGCCAGCGAGCGUGACCCGAUCAUCAUCAUGAAGGAUGUAACAUUCGCCGAUGUGAAGUGUCUGAUUGAAUUUAUGUACAAAGGCGAAAUAAAUGUGGAACAUGCAAAUUUGGCAUCACUCUUAAAGACUGCAGAUGAUCUCAAAAUAAAAGGUUUGGCGGAAGUUUCGUGGCGUGAUGACGACGACGGUCCACCGCUGCCCACUGCUGCUACCGAGUUUCACUCACCCACACUCGUGCACGACUUGUAUGGCUCCCGUCACGAACAGCAGCGUGCAGGUUCGCCGAGUCUGAUGGAUCAGCAACAACUACAACCACAACAACUGCAACGCGAACGAAAGCUGUCAUCGCCGAAGGUUUCUGCUCCUGCGCAACAGCGUUUGCCCACCCUAACGCCUAUACCGUCUACGAGUAGCGUUUCAAUGGCGGCUGCUGCGGCCGCCGCUGCUGCAGCUGCUGUGGCGUCAGUCGCAUCGCCGGCGGAACAUUACUUGGGGCCGAAACGCAAGCGUGGCCGUCCGCCACUCGACGAUGCCUACGAUGUAUUCAAUGUUCGAAAGCUGGCGCACUAUGGCAACCACAUUGAUGCGCAUCAUCAUCAUCAGCAUCAAGCUUACUUGGAGGCGCAGCGGCAUUACAACGAUGAGCAACGUCGCCUUGCUGUAAUUUCACCUAUACCGCCGCCUUCGGUGUCAUCUGUCGCAGCUGCGGCCGCCUACCACCAACACAUCCAGCAGCAACAACAUAAUAAGCGCAUGCGCCAAUUGCAACGCCAACAACAACAACAACACCAUAAUCACCACCACCACCACCAUCAGCAGCAGCUGCAAGCAGAAGCGGACGAAGCGGAACAGGAUGAUGUGCAAGCCGACCCUGAAUGGAUUACCAGCAAUUUGGAGGUGAACGUAGGUGCUGACGGCGAUAGUGAGCCAGCUAUGGAGUGCGGCAGUGAAGCCGCCUUGGCAAAGGAACAAAAGUCGGAAGUUGUUGAGGAAAAGGAAACAAAUCGCAUAGGGAAAAUAGAUGCAAAGAAGCGGAAGGAACGCUCCUCGGAGGAACACGAAAAACUGCAGUCACAUGAACGCUCGCUUACGCGUAAACGUCCAAGCGCUGAGGAGCGCGACGAUAGCAACGUAGAAAAUAGCGAGCAUGGGCGGGACGAACAGCAGUCACGUGAACAUAUCACGCAAAACGAAAUGCCUGAGCAACCGCCGGAGCGCUUAGCCACCGCUGAGGAGGAGGACGAACAAAAAGCAAUUGUUGUUGCUAGUGUGCCGCAGCCAGUUGAAGAAAUGGAAAGCGUGCGACAAUCCGCGGAGAAGACUAACAGCGCUUCUGCUAAUAAUGCAGCAACCAGCUCGAGUGGGUCACAUAAGCGCACGAGUAUCAGCAGCGACCAAAUCGCGCCACCACCUUCGCUACAUCACACGGCGCAUGCCUAUAGCAAAUAUGUGCCCGAGGGCUAUCUGCUGAACGAGCACGGCAUGCUGAUGACGCACGAUUUCGUACAUGCGCCCACCGCUGCCAUACCGUCGACGGGUGCAACGACGUCUUCGUCGAGCAGCACAACAGCUGCGGCUGCGGCAGCGGCGGCGGCAGCUGCUAACGGCAACGACCAAGACUAUGUGGAUAUAAAAAUGGAAGAGUACGACGGCACUGAUUUGCGCUUGACCACCGAAGAAAUGUCCGAGUGGCAGGAUGUGAUUAAAAUGGAUGACUAUUUGGCCAAAGGACGACGACCGCAAUUCUGGGAAGAGCCAUUCACACGACGUGUAUUGGAUGCUAUCAAAAAUAAACGACUGGAAAUGAAGAAAGCUGCACGCAUUUUGGGGGUGUCCUAUGGCACUUUGUAUGGACGAUAUCGAGAGGUUUAUGGAUGCUUGAAACACCCCUAUAGCAGCACUACUUUUCGUCCCACGCAAUCAAACCAGUUAGCCGUGCAGCCGCGUUUCGACAUGGUCUGGCCUUCUCCUAAACGUGACAGCGGCCUAUUGCCCGGCCAGUUGGGUAGGUCUGACGAAAUCGGUAAAAUACGUCCAAAGGAUCUAAGUGAACUAUGGACGAGGCCCCAAAUUUGAAAAAAACCACAACUAAAGAUUGCAACCUGUAAAUAAAUUAGCUCUUCACUAGUAAUAAGCGAGUGUUGUUGUCUGCAGUAGAGCUGUAGAGUAGAGGAAAAGUGUUACUAGACUAUUCUUAAUUUAUUCAUAAUUUUUGUAUUUCUUUCAAUUGCUUUACUAUCAAACAAGAACACACAUAAGUAUUUACAUACGUACACAUCUGAAUAUCCAUUAAGAAGAAAUUAUUAUUAGGCUUAAGCAUGGAAAAAGACAUUGAAAAAGACACGUAAAAGUUGUAAGUUUAGUGUGAGGCUAGUUUUAGUUGUUCCCAAUCGACACACGCACAUAAAAAGUGGCGUACGUAAUUGUAUUUUUAUAGGACGAGUGCUGCUUACAUGAAGUGAAGGAGUGAAGGUACUGAAGUAGUUAUUGAUUUGUUUAGAUUUACUGCAUAAAUCGUAAUUUUUAGCUAAAUCAUAUUGAAAAUUUGAAUAACUUAAAGUAUAAGUGCAAAGGAUUAAAUUAAAUUAAUGUAUUUAAUUAGCAAAUAAAAUUCUUGAAAUGAUUGUCGAGGCAAUUUGUUAAAUUUGGUCGCGUAUUACUUGUUUGCAAUGUUUUUUGUAGUUAAAUUCAAAUUAACUGACUAGAAAAGUUUGUAUUUUUAGACAACAUAAAAAAUACAUUUAUGUAAUAUAGAUUUAAGAUGCUGUAAAUAGUCGAUUAAUGCAAAUAAUGCAAAAUACUUUUUAUUAUAAUAUAAACUUUCAAGAGCGGAUACAACAAAACUUGACGACUAAAUGUGUGUUGGUAUGCUUAUAAUUAAUA